GAAAAAAAAAAUCCACUUCCAGGACUUGGGGCCCUGAAGGAGUAAAACUCCUGGCCACUGGUGCCCGCUUCUGUGAACCAUGGCAACCCCGGAUGUGAGCGUCCAUAUGGAGGAGGUGGUGGUUGUGACAACUCCAGACACUGCAGUGGAUGGCAGUGGUGUGGAGGAGGUGAAGACAGUGCUGGUAACGACAAAUCUGGCCCCUCACGGGGGUGACCUGACAGAAGAUAACAUGGAGACAGAAAAUGCAGCAGCUGCAGCUGCUGCAGCCUUCACAGCCUCUUCACAGCUCAAAGAAGCAGUGUUAGUGAAGAUGGCUGAAGAGGGGGAGAACUUGGAGGCUGAAAUUGUGUACCCCAUCACCUGUGGAGACAGCAGAGCCAACUUGAUUUGGAGGAAGUUUGUGUGCCCUGGCAUCAAUGUGAAAUGUGUUCAGUAUGAUGAGCAUGUGAUCAGCCCAAAGGAGUUCGUCCACCUGGCGGGGAAGUCCACCCUGAAGGACUGGAAGAGAGCCAUCCGAAUGAAUGGCAUCAUGCUCAGAAAGAUCAUGGACUCUGGGGAGCUGGACUUCUAUCAGCAUGACAAGGUCUGCUCUAAUACCUGCCGAAGCACCAAAAUCGACCUGUCAGGAGCCCGAGUGUCCCUGAGCAGCCCAACAUCUGCAGAGUACAUCCCACUCACACCUGCUGCAGCUGAUGUGAAUGGUUCGCCUGCCACCAUCACCAUAGAGACCUGUGAAGACCCCAGUGACUGGACGACAGCUAUUGGAGAUGACACAUUUGCUUUCUGGCGGGGACUGAAAGAUGCUGGCCUGCUGGAUGAGGUCAUACAGGAGUUCCAACAGGAACUGGAGGAGACCAUGAAAGGUCUACAGCAGCGGGUGCAGGAUCCUCCCCUGCAGCUCCGAGAAUUUCGGCAUGCUGGACCUGGUGAAAAAGGUGCUUGCCAGCCACAAAUGCCAGAUGGACCGCUCACGGGAGCAGUACGCCCGGGACCUGGCAGCCCUGUGGGGAUGCUGCCUGUCCUGACCCCCAUGGUGACACCGUGUGUGUCUCCCACAGCCCUGGAGCAGCAGUGUGAUGAGCACCGCCGCCGUGCCAAGGAGCUGAAGCACAAGUCUCAGCACCUCAGCAACGUACUUAUGACGCUGACCCCUGUGUCCCUGCCGCCCCCCAUGAAGCGACCCCGGCUGGCACGGGCCACAUCUGGACCGGCCUCCAUGGCCUCACAGGUGCUCACCCAGUCUGCACAGAUCGCCCUCAGCCCGGGUGUGCCGGUGUCCCAGCUGACCAGCGUACCACUCGGCAAAGUGGUGUCCACACUGCCCUCAGCCGUCCUGGGCAAGAGCUCCCCUCAGGCUCCUCCGGCCAGCUCACCAGCCUCUCCACUGCUUGGGGGCUACACAGUCCUGGCCUCCUCAGGCUCCACUUUCCCUAGCACAGUGGAGAUCCACCCGGACGCAUCCAGCCUCACAGUCCUGAGCACAGCAGCCAUGCAGGACGGCAGCACAGUGCUGAAAGUGGUCAGCCCACUACAGCUGCUCACCCUACCCAGCCUGGGCCCCACCCUGCAGAAUGUGGCCCAGGCAUCACCGGCGGGCAGCACAAUUGUAACAGUGCCUACAGUGGCUGCCCCAGGGCCUGAUGAACACACAGCUACCAUUGAGGUGGCUGCCAUGGCAGAGGACCACGAGCAGAAGUAGCUGGUAGGGUGGGAGAGGCCCCUCGGGGUGGACAGGACUGGCUGCCUCUCCUCAGGCCGCUGCAGGCGGAGGCCACGGAGCUGGCUCAGCACAGGCAGGUCUCAUGGGCUGAACCAAAGAGAGCACUUGCCAGAAGAAUCAAGAAAAAGAGGGACAGAAAGAUGCCAGCAACCUGAAAAAUCGGUCUUCACCUUCUAAGCGCCCCCCCCUUUUCCUUGGGAAAUAUAUAUUUUCCAUCUGUUGCUUAUUAAUACUGUUUACACAUUGGCCUUGAGCAGGAGCCAGGGGGCAGUGACCAGAAGGUCUGGGUAUAGCUAGGUGCAGGCAGCAGAGGCAGGGGUGGCAGGCACUCAACACCCUGCAGGUGCUGGUGGCACACAGUCCACCCAAGUCACUGAGGCCCUGGUGCCUAUGCCCCCAUUGGGCCCAUCAUGGGGUCUGAGCCUGCUGGAGGGGGACAUAACUAACACAUGUCUUGGGAAAUGUACCCAAGUGUGGAAACCCAUGGAUCCUAUGGAUUUGGUUUCUUCCCACAGUUUUUUGUAGGUUUAGUGUGGUCAGCACCCCACUCUUCUGCCUGUGGAAACAUGGUCCUGGGGCUGGGGUGCAGACCCAGCAGGUGCUCAGGUGGCCAUAAGGCCCCACAGACCAGGUGAGGUCUGGGCACCAUUGCACAUGUGCUGCAGGUGUUUUUAAGUGAAUUGCUUAGUAGGUGAAUAGAAAGAGUCAGAUUUAUAGCAUUUUCAACCAAAACAAUGCUGAGUGCCUAGGAUUCCCAAGCGGACUAUGGGGUAGGCCUGGGCACUAUGCAUGCACAUGGCUGUGGGUAGAGGUCCUGGGCUGCAACCUGCUCAGGGUGAAGCUCUGGAGAAUUUGUUUGGCAGUGUUCCUUCAGACUUUCAGUGGCUCAGAUGGCUUCUUGUGUGCCGCCUGCUGUUGGAACCCCCAUGCUAGCUUUCAGGCCCUUGAGCCUCCCCUGGAGGUGGAGUUGAGCCUUCUGGCCAGAGGGAGAAUCUCAGGGCAUUGGAGGAAGCUGCCCAGGGCAGGGCAGGGCCAGUUGGGACAGGUGUGACCUGGGAUGCCCCCUGAAGGCUACCUGUGGGUGGUCUGCAGACCUAGGUUUGAGCUCUUAAGGGAUACAGGCAGGGGCAUCUUCUAGGCCAUAGCUCCUAGGGCCAGACAUUUCAGGGGACAGACAGCCCAAGCCACUUGCAGAGUGAGUUAGGACAGUCCUAAGGGCUCAGCACUUAAUGGACCCUCCUGUUGGUUUUGUGUCAGCCAAAGGCCUUUCUCCGGAGGGCCUCACAGCACAAGGCAGGCCGCUGUCUCUUCACUGUGUUAAAGGGAACUAGCUGUCCCUUUGUCCAUCGAUGACCCCUUGAGUGUCAAGACCCUACCUCCACACCUCUUCUGUGACCAGGUCCCUAUCUGCCUCCCCACCCCACAUCAAGCUACUGAGUUCUGUUUCUUGUUUUCCUUCCAUUGCAUCAUUUGCUGUUGUUGUGAGUCAACUGGUUUCAGCAUGAUGUUUACCUGUUUGUGUACCUCUUCCUUUUCUAAGCUCAUUUUUAUUCAAGUCGUGAAUCUUUUGUUACAUGUAGCAGUGUAACCCUGGGGGCAUCAGGAGGGUCUAGCACAUGUGGGCACUGCCCAGACCCUGUCAGAGACAGCGUCACUAAUGAAACACCUGUUGCCCUGGGAGCCAGAGACCUUCCAGGGAGUGUCCAAGGUGCUUUCUACACUUUGGCUUGUGGGUCAGUUUCCUUUCUUUGUAAGAGCCAGGUUGGGACCCUUUCAGUCCCUCCCCCUUAGUCCAUGGAGGUACCAGAAGAUAAAGUUAAUUGUAGAGCCAUAGAAAAAUAAGCCCCAAGCAGCUUCAAAAUUAAUUUCCAUCCCUCUUCCCAGUGCCCCCAAGGCUGCCCACAGACAUCUGCUGCCAGCCCGUCCUCCAAGGCUGUUCCUGAUAGGUGAGGAAGGCGCUGAGGGUAAGGAGGGCAGGAUUUUCCUGGUGGUGGGAGUUGUGCAGUGACCCUAUGCAGCUCUCCCCUGCCUCCCGCAGGUCCUACUGGCUCCUCAGGGUUGCUGGGCUUCUGUGCACCAGUCCUACCUUUGAGGCCUAUCAGCCACGUGCAGACACAGGUGUUCAUGCUGCCUUCAGUUUGGUUUUCUGAGGAGAUAGGAUUGAUUUGGUUUUGCAGAAGGGCAAGAGCUUCUCUGAGUGCCUGCCUGGAGGCACCCUUGGGAAGGGCAGUGUUUGAGUUUCACUUUGUAUGUUGUUUUGCAAAUAUCUGCUUGGUACUUUGAUUUAAAAUAAAAGCAUUUUUCAUAA